AAUAGUAUAACAGUUAGCUUGAAUCAACCGACCGUAGAAAAUUCCAAUUCAAUAAUAACAAACCUAAACAGCCGAUGCAUUUCUGCAAAGUUAUCUGCAUGUGCGAAUGUUUGUACCGUUUGCCGGAAUCUGAGAAGGGAGGACUUGUUGGAUUAUUCUUAUAAGAGCCGAAAUAUGAAAAUUACAACACUCCACAAAAUCGACACUGAAUAUUCAGCAGAUUCAGUGGAAUGGUGCCCCCAGGAUGAUUACCAUUCCUAUUUCGUUUGUGGAACUUAUCAGCUCGAAGGCAACAAUUCCGAAUCAACAUCACCGCCGUGUCGUCGAAAAGGACGAAUCUAUUUAUAUCAAUUUAAUCCAGAGACAGAUGAACUGACUGAAAAAUUUCGGAUUGAGACUGCAGCAAUCUUGGAUAUGAAAUGGCUCCCAGGUGCAAACGUGGAAAUUCCAAUCCUUGCAGCAGCGAACGCUUUAGGCGAGCUCAUCAUAUACGAACUGGUAGAUGACACGUUAAAGGAGAAACAUGUACUGAACCUAGACAAAAGCUUCCACAAUCUACUAACACUGGCCUUGGAUUGGGAAUGGAAUCCGGUUGGAGAAAAUCGAAUCGUUGCGUCGGAUUCCAAAGGUGACAUAUCAAUCGUUGAAUAUGGUUCGUCUGGGCUGCAGUUGGUCUCAUCGUGGUCAGCCCAUUCUUUUGAGGCGUGGACCUGUACAUUCGACAAAUGGAAUCCGAAUACCAUUUUCACUGGCGGUGAUGACACAUUUUUAUACACAUUCGAUAUCAGAGCACCAGAAAAUGUAACAAAAAUAUCAACGAAUAAACUACACUUGGCGGGAGUCACAAGUGUAUUGAGCCAUCCAACUAAACCAAAUAUUUUGCUAACCGGAAGCUACGAUACAAACCUGCGAAUUUUCGAUUCAAGACAAAUGGGAACUCCACUAGCUUCAGUCACGUUGAACGGUGGCAUUUGGAGGAUUCGUCCAGAUGUGCAGGAUCGAAAUUUACUUCUCUGUGCGUGUAUGUACGAGAAUUUCAGUAUUGUUAAAAUUAGCGAUGAUAAUACGGAUAUGCGUUGUAUUGCCGAAUAUAAGGAACAUACGGACAUUUGUUACGGUGCAGAUUGGUAUCAGUCAAAGGAGAAUAACGAAAGGAUGGUGAUGGCAACUUGUUCGUUCUAUGAUAAGAAGCUUUGUGUUUCCAGCGUAACAGAGGCGGGAGAGGUUGAGGAAUAAAGUGAGUUUGUGUAUUUUAUAUAUUUUUUAUUUUUCAUGAGGUUUAUGUUUUCUAUUAUAUCAAAUAAUACGCGCAUUAAAAUAAAGUGAAAAUUUUUGUUAAAUUA